AACUGUGGCCAUGUUGGAGCCCCACAGCUGUGGCUUCCCAGAUGUUUAUCGGGGUCAAAUUUCUUGGUUCGGGGGCGGGACUGAAUAACGGGAAAACUCAAAAACACCCACAGACUCACUGCCAGCGGACACGCCACUUCUUGUCCUUUCAAGCUGCGAAGUAACUGACUUUAGCACACGGGACCAGCGGAGAUGACAGGUGACGGUGACAUGGAGAUUGUUGACUCAGCUGACCAUAAUGCUGCAUCCCAAAACGAUAAUGCCACAAAUGAAAUAGGAGCACUGGUGGAGGUCACCUUUCAGAAAAACCCCCAUCAAGAACAGAAGUACUUGGAGGCAGAGCCCAAAGCUUUAGGGCUAACCCAGAUUAUGCUGAGUCUCUUUGCCAUAAGUAUAUCAAUUGUAGCUUCUUACAGAAAUGAAUAUAUAAUCAUUCCAUACAGUAUCACCUGCAGCCUCUCUACACUUGGAAUAAUAGCUGGUAGCGUGGCGAUAGCUGCACAGAAUCUUCAUCUUCCUAAACUGAAGGCCUGUUUGGUAAUGCAGAUAUUGACAUGUGUCGCGGCAGGGGUCUGCUUCAUUAUCAAUUUGGUGGUAACAGUCGACAUGGGUUCGGUUUACGCCUGCUGGCAGUAUAACUAUGAAAAUUCAACUUUGCACCAAGAUCUCUGUGAAAGAAUGCUGGAGGCACAUUCACAUCUGGUAGGACUCAAAAUGCUAUGUCAGGCAGCUCAGGUUGCCAUCUCUGCCACCUUAGCUGCAUUCUGCUGCAAAGUGAUUCAGUGCUGCUCACCCCGGGCUAGCAUGCCCAUGAUUGUUGUGAACGCACCCACAGCUCCUCACUGAAGGUUAUUCAUUUAACAAACCAUAUAGUUCUUAUACGGAGUUCAUCUAAAUCUAACCCAUACAUAACUGCAAAUAUACUGUUGAUUGUACACAUAUGCACAUUUAAAAAUAUGUAGUAAAUGUUGAUGUAGUAAAUUAAACACUAAUGUAUUAUUAAAAAGUAAUUUCUGGCUAGUGUCUGGCUGUGCAUUUUUACUCAUGAAUAACAGCAGUUGUUAAAAAAUGCAUUUGUGUAUGUAUUAAGGUAUAUAUACAGCAGCCUGACUUGCAGUUUAAUGGAGCCAAAAUUCCCUAAUGUGAAAAAAUAUGCACUACAGCAUUGUUUAUGGAAAAAAACAAAAACACUUUUCACUUCCAGUUAAACCUGAACCUGAGAAAGUUGGCUAUUUUGCUUAAAAUGGACCUUAAAAGGAGCUCCCUUCAGUUCCAACAAUACAUGCAAAUAAAUGUGUUGUGUUAAUAAGUGAGUAUUAACAAGUGCCAUCAAACGAUCUAAAUUAUAAUAACAACUAGUCUUUAUUGGAUCUUUCCAAACAAAAACAGCUUCACAUCACAGCUUAGACUCUACUAGACCACUGGGAUCCAGUCAAAAUACAAAUAAAAUAUAUGUACAGAUUAUACAGAAAAAACAUGUAAAACAUUUAAGAACACAACCAAUUUAAGGAGUCUCUGAGUUGUUGUUUAAUUUUUGUGUUUUUUGCCCUCAAAUCAGUUUGGGGGGGAUUUACUGACAUUCACUCACGUCACUAAUGCACCGCUAGCCUUUUUGUCCAUUGCUUAUCUCUAAGGAAUGGUGGGUAAAUUUUAAAUAAUUGACAUUUUUGCAAUAAUUGUAAUGUAUUUUAUGGUUGUGUGUCACUUUUUUUUAUUCAUAUCAUUACAUUGACUUUUCACUGACCUUCUGUGACUUUGUUUCACUGUUGUAAAUGGUUUUAUUGCAUUUUUAAAUUCCAUUGGACAAGCAAAGAAGCAGCAUUUAUGCAAUAUGCUCCAGUUUUACAGUGUUGUAAUGAGAUUUAUUAUAUGCAUAAUUUGUCAAUGCUUUUUCACAUGAAGUGGGGUGUAAAGGUCUAAGGCCACUUUAAACCUGCAGAUAAACAAGUCAAAAGUUUUAGAACUUUGAAGGGUUUAAAGAAAAGAAAGCUGUGACAAGUAAAUUGAAUGUGACAGCCACCAUGUUCAGGCAUUUGUAUUUUUUUUUUUAUCUUGCCUCUUCCAUUAAAGUUUGUGUUUAUGCUA